AUGACCACCACCCCCGCAAAGCCCGGCGUCAUCGUCACCGUCCUCUACAAGCGCACGCCCAAUCUCCAUUUCAACCUCUCCUACUACCUCUCGCACCACUUUCCCCUUGCGAAAAAGCUCUGGGAGCCGCAUGGCAUGACGGACGGCUACAUGGUCGUGCCAAAGCCUGACUCUGAAUUCGCGUAUACGGUCACUAUGCAUUGGAAGGAUAUACAGGCUUGGGAGGAGGCCACUGGGGACCAGGAAGAAAUGGCGGAGCUUACGGGGGAUGUGAAGAAUUUUACGAACGAGAUGCCUGUUUUUGUUGUAGGGAACGUAGUUUCGUAG